ACAUCAGCUGGCUCGUCAAAUGUUCCCCAUGACGAUAAGGUGUCCACAAAAUAAUUAAGUGUUUGCUUGGUCUCUGAGUAUGUACAACCUAGUUCUCAUAGGCAAUGUCGCAAUACUUCAGCGACUUCCAGUAUCCUUCAGCUACCAGCUUUGUGUCGGGUAGUCCGCUGAGGAUGGCGACGUCCACUUCAGAGCCCACCUCCACCGGUAAUCCCGCAACGGCAAGACCACAACUCGAUGUUGUUAUCCGGACGUCGCUUGGCUGCAGCCUUUCGCAGUCUUCUCGGGCGCUCAACCCCGAGAACCCACAAGCGCGCGGCACACCCAUCUUGAACCCUUUUCGAACCGAUGAUUGGCCUCCCUCCUCGAUCCCAGACGGUCAAUAUGGUAUCGAUAAUCAAAAACGAAGGAAGGGAAGUCAUCGUGCACGUCUUCGGUCGACUAUUAGGAAGGCCCGUCCAAUCAACAUUCACUUAACGUGUGACAAGUGGGUGACUCAUAUCAAUCCAAGAAAAACAAACAAACCCUUGCUUUGCUCGCAUUGGUUUGCUAAUGCGGUUCGCCGUUACAGGUGACCGUAGCUCGCAUGCAUGCCCAGACUAACCCCCUGAUACAC